AUGCGUCCUGGUCAGCGGUGGUUGGCGGUCUCUCUACUCAUCACUACCGUCCAACAAACGGAAAUGAGGCAUUCCGUGGACUCACUCAACAUCGACGACUCAGUCUUCCAUAAAAAAAAUAAACAUCAUCAUAGACACAAACACAAACCUGGUCAGAUAGUCUAUGACCCAACAUUCUUUGCCGACAGAAGCGAAGAUUUUAUUCAAAUUUUGAAUCUCAAAGACGGAAUGCAAAUUGUUGAUGAAGAGCUAGUGUCUAAACAUGAAGGUAAAAGUGACUGGGUUAAUAUGUCGAAUGACCAAGUUGGAGAGAUGAAAGAUAAGAAACAUCAUCCACAUUGGCCGAUUAAAAGAGAAGCAGUUAUUGAAGGUGAUCUGGUGAUUGGUGGGCUGAUGAUGGUCCAUGAAAGGUCUGAUUCGAUGACGUGUGGGCCUGUAAUGCCCCAAGGUGGAGUUCAAGCGUUAGAGACUAUGUUGUAUACUUUGGAUUAUAUUAAUAACGUUUUAAAACUGAUUCCUGGUGUAACAGUUGGAGCUCACAUACUUGAUGAUUGUGAUAAAGAUACAUAUGGGCUUGAGAUGGCUGUAGAUUUUAUCAAAGGCUCAAUAAGUAACAUCGAUGAUGCCGAAUACGCGUGCAAUGCGACUGCUGUACGGAAGGUGAUAUCCGGUGUCGUGGGAGCCGCCUCCAGCGUCACUUCAGUUCAGGUUGCCAACCUGCUGCGACUGUUCAAGAUACCUCAGGUAUCGUUCUUCUCGACUUCUCCAGAACUAUCCAACAAGGCCCGCUUUGAAUAUUUUACGCGCACGAUUCCCUCGGAUCACCACCAAGUUCGUGCCAUGGUGGAGAUCGUGAAGAAAUUGGAAUGGAGCUAUGUGUCCAUUAUCUAUGAAGAGUCAAGUUAUGGGAUCAAGGCGUUCGAAGAGCUAGAGUUCCUGUUAGCCAAGAAUAACAUCUGCAUAGCGGUUAAGGAAAAACUAGUGAAGGAUUCAGGAGUGGCGCACGAGGACGCAUAUGACGAUAUUGUGUCGAAGCUACUCACCAAACCGAGAGCUAGAGAGAAAGAUAGCCAGCUGCGUCGCGUAAAACAAUUUUUCGCUAAAAUGGUUACUGAAAUUGAAUCUGUUGGUUAA